AUGCCUUCCAUUAGCACUAGAUUCCCAGAAGCCCCAUCCAUCCUGCAUGGAUACCUAUGCUCCAUGGUCGAGCUCGGUGUAUUGAGAUUCUUCUUCGAAUAUGGUGUCUUCAAAGCAAUUCCCAAGACAGGAAUCUCUAUUUCCGACUUGGCAGCAGAGACAGGUGUUGACGCCGGACUACUGGAGCGCCACGCCAAUUUCCUCAUUGCCGCAGAGGUUCUGAACUCAUCCCAACCAGGCCACAUUGAGCACACAUCUGUGUCCCGGUACCUGAAAGACCCCAGAUCGGAAAUCUUCUUCCCAUACAUUUUCGACUCUUUCAUGACUCCAGCGGCAAGGUGGCCAGAUUAUUUCAGAUCGCACGAAAACAAAGAACCGAAGACUUCUAGCGCCUCAGUCUUUGGUUUUGCAACAGGUCACCCAGAUAAAUCUUUCUAUGAAGUGAUGAAGCUGGAGCCUGAGCGAGUCAAGUCAUUUAACAAUGCCAUGGCUUUGCCGUUGGAUGACAUGCCCUACACAACUGGAGUCUAUGAUUUCGAGUGGGUUGGGGAUUAUGCCAAGAAUGAUACUGCCACACCGAGCAGGACUUGUGUUGUGGAUAUUGGUGGCGGCAAGGGGCAGGCCCUGAAGGUUAUUCUGGAGGAUCACCCCUCAAUCCCUGCAUCAUCCUGUAUCAUCGAAGACCAGGAAGGUGUGGUUAAGCAGGGCACAGAAGAAGCGAGCGGUGUCCUGGCAGGAGUGCAGAGGAAGAUUCAUAACUUCUUUGAUGAACAACCUGUUCAAGGUGCUUUGGUCUACUUCAUCCGACGAGUACUCAAUGACUGGCCUGAUGAGGAUUGUGUCCAGAUUCUGAGUAAGGUCCGUAGUGCCUGUGCACCAGAUUCACGAGUGGUUCUCUCUGAGAACCUCCUGCCUGAUGAGCCGUCGCUCACAAAUAGCGGAAUUGAUCUUUGGAUGAUGAACUUUGGCGGCAAGAGGCGUAACGCCCGCAUGUUCGAGGACCUGGCGUCCCGAUCUGGCUUCAAGGUGACUGCUGUCACUAAGGAUGAGGCGACCAGUAUGGGUGUCGUUGAGAUGAUGCCUGCAUCCUAG